AGCCGAAGUUGCGCGGCGAGGCUUUUGGGCGUAAAGAAGUUGUUAGGCGUUCCUCGGCCGCAAAUUAGGGUCCUUCAUUAACACCACCCCCACCCAGCCCGCGAGAGGGACAGCCCGAGCGCUGAUAAAGGGGACGGGGCGGCGGCCAUGCCCGUCCGCCCGCCGGUGUGAGCAGCCCCGAGAGGCGCAAACUCCCCCCCCCCCCCCCCCCCCACCCACGUUCGCCCCCCCCCGCUCUUAAUGAGCCAAUUAAAGAGUUGGGCUCCUCGCCCCGGGAGAGCUCUCCGCGGGCCGCCGAGCUCGGGGACUCAAGGUGCUACACCCGCCGGCGGCUGGCUGUCGGUUGUUCUUUCCGGAGGCUGCGGCGCCGGGUAAGGGCGCGCUCACCCCAGCACCGCCGUGGGCUCCGCAGAGGCUCCCAGGACGGUGCCCAGCGCCCGCAGAGGCAGCCCCCGGCCGCGCAUCUCGGCCUCGGACCGGCGGCGGAUCACGGGGAGAAACAGGAUUAUUAUGACCCUCUUCCGAGGAGCUAUGCUGUCCGCGACGAUUGUUUGGAGUCUCUGAGCUGCAUUGGAUAAAUGCCUUUCCCUUCCGAUUGACUCUGCUUUUCAGAGAAUAUUUGUUCUCUUUUUAAGAACACCUCUCUGGUCUUCGAUACUUGUUUUCGUUUUACGCGACCGAACGAUUUCUCAGAGCGAUGGCCGCACUCGCGAUCCCUGCCUGAUGCUUCGGAGAGAUGAAUUGCAGCUGAAAGUUUCCCCUCCACCUUUGGAUGAAUCUCUGGAGCCUAAAUUGUAGGAAGGAAGGGGAAAAAAAACACGAUGAAAGAGAAGUCCAAAAAUGCUGCCCGGACUAGGCGGGAGAAAGAAAACAGUGAAUUUUAUGAACUGGCUAAAUUACUGCCCUUGCCCUCAGCUAUCACCUCUCAGCUGGACAAAGCAUCCAUAAUCAGGCUCACCACCAGCUAUUUAAAAAUGAGGGUGGUUUUUCCAGAAGGACUCGGGGAAGCCUGGGGCCAUUCCAGCCGAACCAGCCCACUGGAUAAUGUUGGACGGGAGCUGGGAUCCCAUCUUUUGCAGACGCUGGACGGUUUCAUAUUCGUCGUGGCUCCGGAUGGCAAGAUCAUGUACAUCUCGGAGACCGCCUCGGUGCACCUGGGCUUAUCGCAGGUAGAGCUGACCGGCAACAGCAUUUACGAGUACAUCCACCCGGCCGACCACGACGAGAUGACCGCCGUGCUGACGGCUCACCAGCCCUACCACUCUCACUUCGUGCAGGAGUACGAGAUCGAAAGGUCCUUUUUCCUGAGGAUGAAGUGCGUCCUGGCCAAGAGGAACGCGGGCCUGACCUGCGGGGGCUACAAGGUCAUUCACUGCAGCGGGUACCUGAAGAUCCGCCAGUACAGCCUGGACAUGUCCCCCUUCGACGGCUGCUACCAAAACGUUGGCUUGGUCGCCGUGGGCCACUCGCUGCCGCCCAGCGCCGUGACGGAAAUCAAGCUUCACAGCAAUAUGUUCAUGUUCCGAGCCAGCCUAGAUAUGAAGCUCAUCUUCUUAGAUUCCAGGGUAGCCGAGCUAACAGGCUACGAGCCCCAGGACUUGAUAGAGAAGACCCUUUACCACCACGUCCACGGCUGUGAUACCUUUCACCUGCGAUGCGCACAUCACUUGUUGCUGGUGAAGGGGCAGGUGACCACCAAAUACUACCGCUUCCUGGCCAAGCACGGCGGCUGGGUGUGGGUGCAGAGCUACGCCACUAUCGUGCACAACAGCCGCUCGUCGCGGCCCCACUGCAUCGUCAGCGUCAACUAUGUCCUCACGGAUACUGAAUAUAAAGGACUACAGCUCUCCUUGGAUCAGGUCACAGCUACCAAGCCGGCAUUCUCAUACGCAAAUUCAACUCCGACCAUAACGGAUAAUAGAAAGGCAAGCAAAUCUCGCCUCUCGAGCACAAAGUCAAAAUCAAGGACAUCACCAUACCCACAGUAUUCUGGAUUUCACACCGAGAGAUCUGAAUCUGACCACGAAAGCCAGUGGGGUGGGAGCCCCUUAACUGAUACAGCUUCUCCCCAGCUGCUGGAGCCUGCGGACAGACCGAGCUCCCAGCACCAUGAUGUCUCCUGUGCCUACAGACAGUAUUCGGACCGCAGUGCUCUCUGCUAUGGUUUUGCACUCGACCACUCCAGGCUGAGUGAUGACAGACAUUUCCAUACUCAGGCCUGUGAAGGAGGCAGAUGUGAAGCUGGCAGAUACUUCCUUGGCACUCCGCAGCCUGGGAGGGAAGGCUGGUGGGGCUCUCGGUCAGCCUUGCCCCUGACUAAAUCAUCCCCUGAAAGCAGAGAAGCCUAUGAAAACAGUAUGCCCCACAUAACUUCAGUGCACAGGAUUCAUGGGAGAGGACAGUGGGAUGAGGACAGUGUUGUUAGCUCACCUGAUCCUGGCUCUGCCAGUGAAUCAGGUGACCGAUAUCGCACUGAGCAGUAUCAGAACAGCCCACAUGAGCCCAGCAAAAUUGAAACUCUAAUAAGAGCCACCCAGCAAAUGAUUAAAGAGGAAGAAAACAGACUACAGCUACGGAAAACGACCCCUGAUCCACUGGUCUCCAUUAAUGGCACAGGGAAGAAGCACGCUAUCUGUUUUGCAAACUACCCUCAGCAGCAGCUGGCAGGUGACGUCUGCCGCGUGCCGGCAGUUGCCAGCACUCCUCCCUGUGAACACAUCCAGCAACGAGAUGGAAAGAUUAUGAGCCCACAUGAAAAUGACUAUGACAACAGCCCCACAACACUGUCUAGGAUAAGCAGCCCCAGUUCUGACCGAAUAUCAAAAUCUAGUUUGGUACUAGCUAAAGACUACCUGCAUUCAGACAUGUCCCCUCAUCAAACCCCAGGGGACCACCCAGCAGCAUCUCCAAAUUAUUACAGCUCCCACAGGCAGUACUUUGAUAAACAUGCUUACACAUUAACUGGAUAUGCCCUGGAGCAUCUAUAUGACACUGAAACCAUUAGAAACUAUUCAUUAGGCUGUAACGGAUCACACUUUGAUGUGACUUCACACUUAAGGAUGCAGCAAGAUCCAGCACAAGGACACAAAGGGACAUCUGUUAUAAUAACCAAUGGAAGCUGACACUUUUUUCUAAAAACUUUUGUGCUUUAAAAAAUAACCUUUGAGACCUAAUUGGAAGAUGUUAUAUGUUUUCAUGCCCUUGUCAUUACCAGCAUUUGAUAUACUACAGUGCACUAGAGAAUAACCUAAGGUUUGGGGGGGAUAUGUUAAGUUAACAAACAUUACUUUAAAAAAAUAAUAAUAAACUGGCAUGCAGGGUUAGAGGGAAUGGAGCUAAACUCAAAGUUGGUGAGGUGAAAAGGAUGGAAAACAGCUAGGUAGGGAGCACUUGGGCAGGCUAGCAGAGCAAUUUAUGCACACCAUAUAAGAGGUGGUUGUUUGGAAACACUGCCAAGGUCAGACCUUGUGAAAUGCGUGGAGCCCACAGGUCCCAGACAACAAAACUGCUAUGCACUCUUAACACAGAAAGUUGGAAGGUGUUCCUUUGACGUACACAUCAAAUUGUGUACUUCUGGUGAUCUUUUUAUUCUCUAAAGGCCAAGUGUGUUAUGCUACUCCAUGGUAUAAAGCAUCCAUGGCUAACAAAUACAAAAUCAGAAGGGGAAGAAAGAACUCCUCAGAUGUGUUAUUUCCAUGUGUACCUACAUGCACAGCUAUUGCAUACACUUGAUCUGAAAGGAGUCAAAUAAGCAGUACCCUUAUGAUUAAUGUGAUCAAAUAUUUACUUCUACUGUAUUUAAAAGAAAGAAAGAGAGCCUUUCUUGGCGUUGUUUUGAGAAGUGCAUAGGUAUUGGUUGUCUUGAUAGAGACAUGAGAGAUUGUCCUCAUAUAUCUGAAAGGUUGCACCAGGAGGGAAGUGGAAUGAAAUGGAAGAAAAUCACUGGGAGAAACAGGGUGAAUUAGGAGUGGUCCAAGGUAAAAACAUUUAACCCUAUGGCUAUGUAUGCCAUUUACUAAUAAUUACAAUAUAAAGAACAGUAGUUAUAAGUGGCCACAUACUUAAGAAUUACUUUGAAACACAGAAGAAACUCAAUAGAAUCAGAUUUUUUUUUUUUUCUAUUAAAAAAAAUAUAACCACGUAAGUGUAAGAAUUUGGCAAGGAUAGACAAAAACUGUACGGUGGUUCAUCCCAAUUUUGAUAAAAAUUUGGAGUAAAUUAAGAAAACAUAGAAGAUUGUAAGCACUCUGACAUACAGUGAAGUAAUCAGCAUGACUUUGAAAAAGGAAUAUUCAUUCUUUUCUUUCCUGCAGCAGAAAAUGUAGUGGAUAUCAGAAUAUAUUAUGAAUAUAAAAAUCAGUAAUAUGUACAUAAAAUAUACUGAGGGAAAUCAGGGUUCCAAGAAAUUCAGUUGCAUUAAAAAAGUUGAUAUUAUUGUGGCCUGUCCUAGACUCAUAGAAGACAUCAAAAGAGGCAGAGAAACUUUUUGCAAUUUUUAAUAAUCUCAUGAACAAAGAGUCACUAAUUUUUUGGAAAAUAUUCAAUUAAAAACAUAUGCUAAAAAAGCAAAAUAGGGUGUUUGUAGGCACAGUUACUAUACCUGUCCUCUGUAUGGCAUUUAUGUGAUGUCUCAAGGUUGACUGCAACAGGAGCAGGACCACCACUCCUUACUAUAUCAAAGUGGAGGUAAGGGGACUUGAGGAGGUUACUAAAAUGAAAUUAGCAAUAAGUCUAGCUUCAUUUGUAACAUUGAGUAUUUCAACAUAUGGCAUUGAGUCAUCAGUGGGACUAAAUAUAAACCAGCAUGCUACGGGUGGGUUAAAAAUAUCUAUUUUCAAAUAAAACUAAUCAGAAGCAAAAGCUAAAUAAUAACAUUAUAAGCUACGUAAGUAGGGAUGUACUUGAAAGUAGAGGAAAUUACCUCUGUGAACUUGGAAUAUUGUGCAUAGUUCUGAUCAGUCCAAGGCAGAUUGUGAAUCUUGAAUUGAGUAGUACCUUACUUCAUAAGCAAUCUCUGUUGACUGCAGUGUGAUCACUCCUGGUGAAAUGUACGUUGAACACAAGGAAGAGCAACACAGUCUGGUCUUUAUUAUCUAAAGCUCAUAAUAGAAAAGGUGGAGCAGAGCUCAGCAAAAAGAUAAAGAGACUGAAAGAUCUAAUAAAAACUUUAAAUAAACUGGGUCUGUCAUCUUUGUAAGGGAGAAAAGUAAGGGGGAAUGUCACUGGUGUGCACCAAGCUCUGCACGGAGGAGAGAUAAAUAAUGGUCUAAAACUAUUUGAACUAGCGACAGAAAUGAGAGACAGGGCAUUGAAUGUUAGCCAAGACAAAAUGAGAACAAAAUGAUUUGGCAAGAAAUAUGUUUGACUAACUGCCAAAUGAAUAACAAAGGUCAUAAAGAGAAGCAGCUAGGGAUUUUUGUUUGUUUGUUUGUUUUAAGAUAAAAACAAGGAA